UCGGCUCAGAUCAAUCGACUCAAGCUCCAAACGUAGCCGAAUCUGCGCAGCUAUCAGACAUUUCUAUUCGAGAAAAUUGUGUGACUGGAAGCUUGUCGAAAGCUACACACGACUGGGUUUCUAUCAGAUAAAUUACAUCCAGUUCCUCCUACUAGGAUCUCCAAUACUGCCUCAAUGACUUCAGAUUCAGAUGACAUGGAUAUGUAUGAGACGAUCAUACCUGAUGUUUUCCAAGGACAGUUGGGUGUGUUUUCUGAAAAUCUGACCUUCCACACCUACGUGCUUUCCUUUAGCUCCAGUGACGACAGGUUCUCCUAUCGUAACUUUGCGCUGUUCUUGUCAUCAAAGCUGGAUGCCUCCCUCGAAAAUGAAACCUUCGAACUGGAUUUGGGACGUGGAAGAAAUGUUGUGGUUCGGCUUGGCUCGAUGCAAAAUAUCAGCUUAGACAGUGACAAGGUUGCUGCCGUAAAUCAGUUCUACGAAAAUGUUUUCGCUACUUUAUGGCGACGAUGGCCUCAUCUCCAGCCAUACUUCCUUCUGCCGCUGCUUCCUGGAAAGAUAAAUGUUUUGGAUGUGGACUGGAAUUGCGUUCAGUCUCUCACACCUCCAUCAAUGGUCUCAGACAGCGAUGACAAAAGUGUUUUACAUUUUGCGAACUAUUCGCUGCGAGCUACAGAUAUCAAAGGAGGAUUGAUUCUUACAAAGCAUACCAAUGAACCAGUUUUUCAUUCUCUUUUGGGUGUUCUUAAAGAAACAACCGCGCAAAGCCCGUUUUCCAAUCCCAAAUAUAGUACUUAUUCCGACUACUUCUUGAAAAGGCAUAAUAUGAAACUGCAAUAUCCAGCCCAACCCCUUCUGAAAGUGAAGAUGCUUGGCGAUGUGCAAAACUAUUUACUGCCACGUUCAACAGACAUGCCUGGCACGUCGCAUAGGAAAUCGACUAUUGAGCUGCCGCCCGAGCUUUGCAUUCUCUUAGAACCAGAACUUGACUACUCCGUUGUGGCGUCCGUAAUGGUGCUUCCUUCCGUUAUCUACCGGCUAGAAUGUCUAAGUGCUGCUGCACAGCUGACGAAACUCGUGGGCAUCCACAUCUCUACAACCAUGAUGUUGAUGGCACUGACUUCUGCAAGCUGUAAUGAAGGCUUUUCUCUCGAGAGACUCGAGUUUUUAGGCGAUUCAUUCCUCAAAUUUGCACUGAGCUUGCACUUGGUCUCUGAAUAUCCGGAAGAACAAGAAGGCUUUCUUACUCAAAAGCGUCAAGAGCAGAUCUCUAACAGCAAUUUGCACAGGUUUGGUGUACAAAGAGGAUUGGUGACGUACAUGAGAGACGGGCAGUUUGAGCCGAAGGAUUGGAUUGCACCGGUCCCUUGCUCUUCUUUGGCCAGUCACGAAAAGCUUUUAGGACGGAAGUUCUGUGACAAAGGUCAUCGUUGGCUGCGAAGAAAAUCGGUUGCAGAUGUAAUGGAGGCCAUCAUCGGUGCAUACAUUACUGACAACUCCGCUGAUGCUGCCUAUCACUUCAUGACCUGGGCAGGAUUUAAGCUGGUUGACAGGUGUUUAGUACCUGUGUUCUCAUGCCAAGCUUCUGAAGUUGACGAUAUCUGCAAUCUGGAAAAGAUAAUCGGCUAUACCUUUCGGAACAAAUGCUUCCUUGUUGAAGCGUUCACUCAUGCUUCUUCCAGCGUUCAAUCGUAUCAGCGGCUGGAGUAUUUAGGCGAUGCUGUCCUGGAUUACCUUAUUGUUCUUCAUCUUUAUGCUAGCUAUCCCAGCUUGCAACCGGGACUUCUCAGUGAUCUCAAGGCUGCUACAGUAAACAACGUUUGGUUCGCUUUCGUUGCUGUGCGCCACAACUUUCACAAGUAUCUGCGUCACAACCAUAAGAAAGAGAUUGACGAGUAUCUUCUGAACAAAAAUGUGCAAUGUUUCUUGGACUGGCAGCUUGAGCAACCGCCAAAGUGUCUCAGUGAUUUAGUGGAAUCUCUCGCGGGAGCUUUGUUAUUUGACACGGGUGGUAAUCUGGAACUAGUGUGGAGCAUAUUGGAGCCUCUUCUGCGCCCGAUUGCCAGUCCCGAGAGCUUGGCACUUCACCCAGUCCGAGAGCUUCAGGAGCUAUGCCAGCUGAAAGAAAUUUCAGCUCCAAGCUACAACGUUGGAACUUGCUCGGUGACAUUGGCAGACGGAGGCUUAGUCACAGGACAAGGCUCCGGAGGAGCAAACAAAAGGCUUCUCAAGAAGCAGUCUUCUGUCGAUGCCUUGAAAAGACUGAAGGCUUUGGGAUUUCAACAUCCACGGCACGAACUCCUUCGUGCUAUUCGGGCCGAGACACACAUAGAGGCCUCAAAGGUCAUCAUAAACAACGGUUUGAACUUCAGUGUCCCCGUCAUUAAGUGCAUGGAAUCGGAGCUUGAACCCUUCGUACCACCAGUGGCGAGCUCGAGUUCUUCUGCAGAAUCAGAUCUAUCUCGGCAGGAAAGUCUUGCUCCAGACCAUGACUUGCCUUCCGAUUUAGAACCUGGCAACACUGAACACGAGUCAGAUGUUCUAGCAGCAUCACUUGCGGAAGAGUUUGGUCUCGACGAUGCAACUAGUCAUCUCCUCGAGCAGCAUUGCAGUGCUACAGCUUCGUCGACUGUUCCUCCUAGACACGAGGGUGGUGGCAUUGAUUCUUACAUUGUUGGAGCUCCAAGAGCAGAGCUUCAAAUUCUCUGUCAGAAGCGACGGUGGUCGGAUCCCGAGUACAUUAUUUCGGAGGAGACUGGUCCUCCUCACAUGAGACAAUACAUUUUGGCUGUGAAAAUCAGUCUUCCAAUCCAUGGACCCGUGACAUUUUAUGGAGAGCCCCAGCGAGAUGUAAAGCGUGCCAAAGACUCGGCAGCCAACGCCGCCAUCGCUUAUUUUAAAACGCUCCUUUUAUGAUGAGUUCAAAGUCGUCAAAGGUAAACGUUUUUUUUCUUUG